CCACGAAUUCAUUUCAAAACCCCAAUUCAAAAACACAAACACACUUCCCUAUAAAAACCACUAUUUCUCGCCCACAUUCUCCAAUUCCUUCUCCAUAAACGCCAUUCUCGAUACCCUCAAAGCUCCUUCAAGCUCUCAUUCUCUUUGUAGAUUGCUAUUGAAGUAAAAAAAAAAAAUGUCAAAGCUUUCACCAUUUGCUUUGGUGAUCCUUGUGAUGUGUUCCUGUUUUUCGGCUUCCAUGGCUGCUGCUUCAAAAAACAUGAAAUACAAAGACCCAAAACAACCACUAAACAUUCGAAUCAAAGACUUGAUGAAACGAAUGACUUUGGAGGAAAAAAUCGGUCAGAUGACACAGAUUGAAAGAUCUGUAGCUUCCGCUGAUGUAAUGCAGAAAUACUUCAUCGGGAGUGUGUUGAGCGGCGGAGGGAGUGUUCCGGCGAAAGAGGCGUCGCCAGAGACAUGGAUUAACAUGGUGAACGAAUUCCAAAAAGGGUCACUGGCAACUCGUUUAGGUAUUCCGAUGAUCUAUGGAAUCGAUGCUGUUCAUGGCAACAACAAUGUCUACAAUGCCACAAUCUUUCCUCACAAUGUAGGUCUUGGAGUAACAAGGGACCCUGUGCUCAUCAAGAAAAUCGGAGUUGCCACUGCUCUUGAAGUUCGAGCAACUGGAAUCAACUAUGCAUUUGCACCUUGUAUCGCGGUUUGUAGGGAUCCGAGAUGGGGUAGAUGCUUUGAAAGUUACAGUGAAGAUCCUGCAAUUGUUCGUCAGAUGACUGAGCUUAUUCCCGGAUUACAGGGAGACAUUCCGGCUAAUGAUCGGAAAGGCGUACCUUUUGUUGGUGGACAGAAAAAUGUUGCAGCUUGUGCUAAGCACUAUGUCGGAGAUGGUGGCACAACGAAAGGCAUUAACGAGAACAACACAGUCAUAAACCGCCAUGGAUUAUUCAGCAUUCAUAUGCCUGCGUAUUACGAUUCGGUUCUUAAAGGCGUUUCGACUAUUAUGAUUUCUUACUCGAGCUUAAAUGGAGUCAGAAUGCAUGGGGAUCAUGAACUCGUUACCAAUUUCCUCAAGAACACCGUCAAAUUCAGAGGAUUUGUGAUCUCGGAUUGGCAAGGGAUUGAUAGAAUCACAGAUCCACCUCAUGCUAAUUACACUUUUUCGAUCUUAAAGAGCGUUGAAGCUGGUCUUGACAUGAUCAUGGUGCCAUAUAACUACACAGAAUUCAUCGAUGGUUUGACUUAUUUAGUCAAGAACAACUUCAUCCCCAUGACCCGAAUCGAUGAUGCAGUUAGAAGGAUAUUACGGGUCAAAUUUGUAAUGGGUUUGUUUGAAAACCCGUUAGCAGAUCUCGCCAUGGCCAAAUACCUUGGAAUUCAGGAGCAUAGAGAUUUGGCUAGAGAAGCAGUAAGAAAAUCUUUAGUCUUGUUGAAAAAUGGGAAAUCCGGCGACCCGCCGCUCCUCCCCCUCCCCAAAAAGUCAACCAAAAUACUAGUUUCCGGCAGCCAUGCCGCCAACAUAGGCAACCAAUGUGGCGGCUGGACUAUCGAGUGGCAUGGGCAAAGUGGUAAUAUCACAAUCGGAACCACCAUUCUAUCCGCAAUCAAGAACACGGUUGACCCACAAACCGAAGUUAUCUAUCAAGAAAACCCGACGCCCGAAUUCAUCAAAUCAAAUAAUUUUUCAUACGCGAUUGUUGUAACAGGUGAAUACCCGUAUUCUGAAACAGUUGGGGACAGUUUGAAUCUAACUGUCCCCGAACCGGGCCCCACCACGAUUACAAAUGUAUGUGGGGCCCUGAAGUGUGUUGUGGUGCUUAUUUCGGGUCGACCCGUUGUGAUCGAACCGUAUGUUUCUACAAUGGAUGCUUUGGUGGCGGCUUGGCUCCCCGGGAGUGAGGGACAAGGUGUGGCGGAUGUUUUGUUUGGUGAUUAUGGGUUCACGGGCAAAUUGGCCCGGACCUGGUUUAAGACUGUUGAUCAGCUUCCUAUGAAUGUGGGUGACCCGCAUUAUGACCCAUUGUACCCGUUUGGAUAUGGGCUUACAACUCAACCGGUUUAAUUAGGUUGUUAUAUGAAGAAAUGUAAUGUAUGUUCGUUUAGGGAUUAUUAUUUCGUAUUUAUUUAUUUUUAUGUCAUUAUGU